AUGAAAUAAGUUCGAAUUGAGAAAUAACUAAUAUUUCAUAAAUUGUUACUUAUUUUGCUAUUAAAGCAAUCAUAACCAUUGCCCUGUAAUAAUGGUUUUUUGUAAGAUGAAUAAAAAUUGAACAGUAAAAAUCUUUUAUUUGAAUUGCUUUACUUAUUGAGAGGAUUAAUCGGAAAGAAAAUAGAAAAAUAGAAAAUUAUAAAAAUAGAAUGGAGAUAUUGUUUAAUACGAUUUUCCAGGAUUCAAAGAAAGCCAAAACUUCAAAAAAAAACAAAAAUUCGUGAAAUAGAGAAUUAAAAAUCAGGGAAACUCCUAUUCGCCUUCUAUAAUAGCCUAAGAUUAUUUUAGAGAAAAAAAUAAAAGAAAAUAGAGUUUACUCAUAGAAUAUAAAUGACAACAAGAAAAAGAGGAGUAAGAAAAGAGUUUACUAAAAAAAAUAAAAAAUAAAAAAAAAUAAUAAUACUAAAAGAAUAAAUUUUUCAGAUUAUGGAUAUUGAUAUUUCUUAUUUUUUCUAUUAAUGAA